AAGCGGAUCGCGCAUGCGUUAGGCGGCCGCCGCCGGGGAGACGAGUGCGACUCGCACUCGGCUGUUACAGCGCGGACGGGGCAUGUGCCUCUCCGGCCGCGGUGGCUAUACUCGCCCCAGGUCUCGCCCGCCACCAUGUCCGUCACCAUCGAGCGGGAGUUUGAGGAGGUGGAUGCUGAGAACCGGUGGCAGCCCAUGUACUUGGAAAUUCGAAAUCAGUCCCAUGACUACCCUCAUAAAGUGGCGAAAUCUCUAGAAAAUAGAAAUCGAAACAGAUACAGAGAUGUCAGCCCAUAUGAUCAUAGUCGUGUUAAACUGCAAAAUACUGAAAAUGAUUAUAUCAAUGCCAGCUUUGUUGCCAUAGAAGAGGCACAAAGAAAUUACAUCUUAACACAGGGUCCACUUCCUAAUACUUGUUGUCUUUGGCUAAUGGUAUGGCAGCAAAAGUCCAAAGCAGUUGUUACUAACCGAAUUGUGGAGAAAGACUCGGUAAAAUGUGCACAAUAUUGGCCAACCAAAGAAGAGCAAGUGAUGAUGUUUGAAGAGACAGGAUUCUGUGUGAGGCUAGUGUCAGAAGAUGUCAAAUCAUAUUAUACAGUUCAUCUACUAAAAUUAGAAAACACUCAUAGUGGUGAGACCAGGAUAAUAUCUCACUUUCAUUAUACAACGUGGCCAGAUUUUGGAGUCCCUGAAUCACCAGCUUCAUUCCUCAACUUCUUAUUUAAAGUUCGAGAAUCUGGUUCCCUGAAUGCGGAACAUGGACCUGCAAUAAUUCACUGUAGUGCAGGCAUUGGCCGGUCUGGCACAUUUUCAUUGGUUGAUACCUGUCUUGUCUUGAUGGAAAAAAGAGAUGAUCCUUUUUCUGUUGAUAUUAAGCAAGUAUUACUGAAUAUGAGAAAAUAUCGAAUGGGACUUAUUCAGACUCCAGAUCAACUAAGAUUUUCAUAUAUGGCUGUAAUAGAAGGAGCAAAAUUUAUAAUGGGAGAUUCAAAUAUACAGAAGCGGUGGAAAGAACUUUCCAAUGAAGACGAGGCACCUAACUAUGAGCAUUCACCACCUCAUCCAACUACAAUAAUUACUGGAAAGUACAAUGGGAAUAAGGUGGGAUUCGAAGGAGAUGAAAAAAGUGACAAAAUAAACAUUACAGAACUCUCCACCAAGAUGCAAGAUACAGUAGAAGAGAGCACUGAAAGUGCUGUUCGCAAACGAUACCGAGAGGACAGAAAAGCUAACACAGCUCAAAAGGUGCAGCAGAUGAAACAGAGGCUAAGUGAGACUGAACGAAAAAGAAAAAGGCCGAGAUUGACUGACACCUAAAUCUCCAUGAUCUGUGAAUGUUCUGAAGCUAUAAAUUUUGAACCAUUGACAUGCAAAGCAAGACCUGAAGCCCUCUCCGGGAAUCAAAGUGAGGUUUGAUAAAUCUCUAGAGUGCCUCACAGUUAUCUGUUUACAACGUAAACUAUACAUCCAGGGGACGAAGAACACCCACCAGCAAGAAGACUUUGCAAAACUUAUAAAUUUGAUGUAUUAAGUGUUUUUUAAAUGCUUGGAAGAACUGUAGAAAGAUGUAAAAGGAACAAAUUAGGAGAGACUACUUUGUAAU